GACUGGUUGCUAAGCUGCGGUGUCGUCGGUCGUGGCCGUGAGAAAGGGGGUCAGAGCUCGCGUCGCCGUUGUCCUGGUUGUUUGUUCAGUCGCUUUGGGCAGAGGGAGGAGCUGCCGCGUCUCCGCCUCCGCCCCCACACCCUCGCCGUAGACCGGACCAGAGGGUAGCCCCCCCGUGAGUCAGACGCCUGAGAGCUGCGGGAGGCGCCGGAACGAGGGAGGAUGGAGUUCAAGCUGGAGGCUCACCGGAUCGUCAGCAUCUCCCUGGGCAAGAUCUACAACUCGAGGGUUCAGCGCGGCGGCAUCAAACUGCACAAGAACCUGCUGGUGUCCUUGGUGCUCCGCAGUGCCCGCCAGGUCUACCUGAGCGACCCCUGUCUGGGUGGCCCUGGGGCAGGGGGACCUCCGCAGCAGCCGCCGCCGCAGCAGCAGCUUCCCGGGGAGCCGGCCCCGGGCUGGGGAGAGCCGCUUCCGAAGGACAGCAGCAUGGAGCAGGACCCUGAGCCCGCCGGCGCCGCCCUGGCCGGACCCGAGCCGCCCGCCCUGCCCCUGGCGCUCGGAAAGCGUCCACCCGAGGGAUUGCCGCCGCCGAGAGCCGAGGCGGUGCCCGAAACCCCGAGGCGCCGCGUGGAGGCGGCGGAGGCGGAGAGAGGCGGCGGCGGCGGCGGUGGGAGGGAAGGCGCCCCGGAGGGGCCGCCGCGGGCGCGGCACUGCUGCUGUCGCCGCCUCUGCUGCUCUCCCCACGGCGUCCCGCGGGCCGACUGCGGCUGCCGCCCGCGCUCGGACGAAGGGGCUCCGCCGCCGCCGCCCGUCUGCCCUCGGAAAAGGAGCGCCUCAGGGGCUGGGGGCGGCCCCGCGGGGUGCCUGGCUUCGGGCGGCUCCCCGGUGAAGAAACCCCGCAGGGACUCGGAGGAGCAGCCGGGCGAGGAGGAGGAGAUGGAGACCGGUAACGUGGCCAAUCUCAUUACCAUCUUCGGUUCCAGCUUCUCCGGACUCUUGCGUAAAAGCCCUGGGGGCGGCCGGGAGGACGAGGACGGCGAGGAGGAGGAGCAGCAGCAGCCGCCACCGCCGCCGUCGCCGCCGCGCGGUCCGGAAGCGGCGGAGCCCGGGCCGAUGUACUGCGAUAAGCCGGUGUUAAGAAACCUCAACCCCUGGAGCACUGCCAUCGUGGCCUUCUGAUCGCCCGGGGCCGGCGGGGGAGGGGGCGGACGCGGCGCUGCCAGGCCCCCGCCCCCCGCCCCCGCGCGGCUCCGCCCCCGGCCCGACGCGACCCCCUCCCGAGCCGGCUGGACAGCGGGACCUGUCCGGGGGCCGGGCCACGAGCGGGACUCUGCCACCUCCGCCCGGCCCCCCAGACACACGGGGGGCUUGUGUUAUAAAGCUGUUUUUUGUAAGUUUAUUGUUGAAGUAAGGCUUUUUUGUCACAGGGUCUUGUUUGGGGCUUGAGACUGGGGGGGGGAGGGGGAGGGGGAAGGCUGCGGAGCUGGGACUUUCCUCCGCCGGCGUCGAGAAGGAAGCCGCCCGGCCCCCGGUCCCCGGCUGGGGGAGGCCCAGCACUCGUGGGGGAGGAAGGGACUUUUUACACACUCCGCACACCCCGCCCGACACCUUCCUCUUCGGCCUCCCCAGGGGAGAGGGGCCAGCCUGGGGCUCGGGCUUCCUGCGUCCCCCGUCUGUUUAGCCUAGAGCUAAUUCUGGGGGUGGGAGAGAAAUUUUCUUCUUGACCAACUCCAUCAUCUCCCCCUUCUCCCUCAGCACCCUCCCACCCCCAAUAAGCAAGCUUGAUAAGCUUCUUAGAAGAGAUCAAGCUUAGAAGAACUGAGUUUAUAAGGAAAUAUAUAUUAAAAAAAUAUAUAUUUUUAAAAGCUCUAGGUCAGAAUUAAACAGUGCUUUUAAAAAGUGUUUAAUGAAAAAGUUUACAGAUGCCCUAAUGGAAAGGCCUUAUGGCUUAGUAGAUUUGAUUACUCCCGUCUUUGUUGUAUAAAGGCUGGGGGAACUUGUAGAGUUUUUGUACAGUAUUUUCUUCGUGUAUUGACAUUUUUUUGUAUAAAAUGUAACUUUACGUGUCUAACACGUAUUAAAUAUUUUGAAGCAACUUCACCGUGUCCUUUUUUGUAAUUACCUACUUUGGGAUUGGGAGGAGAAGGGGUCCUACCUGGCUGAGCAAGAAAAAGCAUAUGGUUCUUAAUAAUCAACCUUCCACAGACUAUAGGGGUAUCGUUUACUGCCCAUUCUUUAUGAAACAAAAUGCGUUUAUGACCCAAAACAGGAAUAGCCUAAAGUGGGGCUGCUAUUAAAUAGAUGAGAAACACCAGUGUAGGUUGCACUAGUUUUCUUUCAUUCUUUGAAGUUUUCCAUAACCCAAUCUGAAGGAGAGAGAUAUCAGUCCUUUGGCUGUAGGAUUUCUCAUUAGCAUCUUUUUAUCCUUUCCACCAAAAUGUCUUUACCAGUACUUUGAAGUGGAAUAAAUAGGUUUAUGGAAAAACUAUACAGCCAAUUAUAAUGUAGCUCCUGAGAAUUAGUUGACAAUCAUUUGCCAUGUCUAAAUUAACUUUUAAAAAAAGUUUAAAAACUGUUUAGUCAUGCCAAUGUUGGAAACCUCAGUUCAUCAGGAGAUUGAAAUCUUUUCUCUCCUCUGGGAAUACGAGGAAGGUCACUCAAGAUGACCCACUUAUCUUAAGGUGAGAAAAAAAAAUUGGGGAUGAGUUUUGUAGAGAUGUCAAAAAAAAUCAAGGGAUACACAGAUGAGAGGUGGGCAUUGAAACUGGUAAGCAAGUUGUAGGAAGUUUACUUACUACUAGUAGAUUGACUUCCUGAUUUACUUUAAAUGCCAAUUGGUGACAUCAGUAUUUGGGUCAUGUGGUUAACACAAGUGAUGACAACCAAAAACAAUUGUCUCCUGACUAAAACUAAAGUUAACUGCUUCAUGUAAGUGAACUUUUUGUCUAUAACAGUAAAAUCCAGCUUUGAAGAAUGUCAUUUUCAACAAGCACCCACUAUGUGUUAGGUAUUGGAGAAAAAAAUGCAACGAACCCCCUCCUCCCUACUUUUGCCCUCAAAAAGUUUACAUUCUAAUUGAGGAAAAAAUGUCUAUCCCAAAAUUAUACACAGAGUAGUUUGCUAUGGAUAAGAGAAUUGGGAUGGGACCCAAGCUGAGUCUUGUAAGGAGGUGAUGCAUUCUGUGUGUGUGGGGGGGGGGUGUGGAGAGGAGAUGUUUGCAAAAAGGUAGAUGGGAUGUUAGAAAUGGAACAACAAGCAAGCCAGUUUGGUUGGACCCAGUCUAGAGACUAAACUAGAAAAGCUAGGAUGGAGCCAAAUUGUGAAGAGCUUUUAAGAGCCCAACAGAAGGGUUUGCAUUUGAUUCCAGAGUUAAGAGGGGGAGUCACUGUACCUUCUUGAGCAGGGUAAUGACAUGAUCAAGCUUCUGCUUGGGGAAUAUCAGUCUGUCAGCUAGGUGGAGGAGGGAGAAACUGGAUACAAGGAGACCAAUUAAGAGGCUAUAAAAAUAAUCCAGGUGAAAGGGGAUGAGGGCCUGAACUAGGAUGGCUGAGUAAGUGGAGAAAGAGGAGUAGAUUGAUAAUGAAAGUCUUUAAUUGCAAAACACUUGUUUUGCCAUAUACUAUGCCAUAGAGAUUUAUAGUAAAUUAUAAUUUUAUGAAUUGAAAUGAGUAGACCCCAGGAUUCUGAAUGGGUUCUAGAAGGUAGCAGGGAAAACUGAGAAAAUUAAAAACAACUCAAGGUGGUAGACUGAUGAUGAUAAUGAGAUGAUAUUUCUAGACCUAGAAGGGUCUAGAGAAGCUAAGGCCCAAAGGAGGUGAAGGUGGGGUGGCAGUGACUGGUCCAAGGACAAUACAGGCAGUGAGCAAGCUUCAGAUGAUUUCAAUUCAGAUCCUCUGACUUGGUCCAUGAUAUUGAUCAAACUACACAGUGUUUUCAGUGUUUCUGCUAUUAUGUAUCUUUAGCAUGAGAGUUUUAAAAUGUUAACCUGUUUUGUCACAUCUCAAUUUUUUUUACAGGAUUAAAUGUUCUUUUUAAGAUAAGACUUUUCCUAAAAUUUACCAAGACCUGAGAAAUCACACCCCAAACUAUUACACGUUUCAAAAUAUUAUUUAGAUGUUUAACAUCUGGUGACAAUAUUAUAAAUAUUCCUAAUUGUAAGAAAGUGAAUCUAUUCACCUGGGGCCACUUUCACUUAAGUGCAUGUUUAUAUUUGAAAGGGGUUAACAGUUGCUAUUUUUAGGGUGAUUGUUCAAAAGACAUAAAUUCCCACUCUAAUUCUCCUUGUGAUUACCAUAUUAUCAAUUAGGAUGAGAACUUGGAAAGUAUAUUGGCACCUUUAAAUAUUUAGUCCUAACUUUGUAAUGGUAAUGGAAUAUAUUGGCUUCUUUGUUCAAAAAUAAGAUCUCUGCCAAUAAACCAAGUAUGUUGGAUUUUUAAA